UGACGGACCACCACCAGCCGAGAAACCCGCCGCGAUCGCGCGCGCCGUCCGGCGAUCAGAACCGCCCCCCGCCGCCGUGCUACCUUCACGGCGAGGUCGCGCUGCGUCGAAGAUUUCGAGUUCAGCGGAGGUGCGGCCACCCUGCCUUCGGGCCUCCGCUGCUUCUCCGUCUUCAGUCCUUGGAGGCGUACUGAUGCAGGCCUUGGAGUUCCAUUUACGCUUCUGGGACUAGGAAACCACUGUAAGAAAGGACGCGCAAAAGCUCUUCUAAUGACAUGUAACACGAAAUUUCUAAAUUCUAAUUCUUUUAUCUCAGAGCUCAGUGGUUCUUAAUCUUAUUUUAUUAAUAUUAUGUAUUAUUCUUAACAGUUGUUUAGCGUGAGUAAUUUUGGGGUAAGCAAUGCGAAAUGCGUAAAUAUGUUCCCACAGUAAAUGAAAAGUAACAUACUGUUUCAGUGUGAACCUUUUGCACAGGACUAAGACUGUCAACUAUCUAUGAGCUUAAUUCAGCAGGUCAUGUAAUAGGGGAGCAGAGGAUCUAAAAAUACAGUCAAAAGCCCUUAUGCUUAUGCCUUCAUCUUUAUCUUCACUAUGAGUUCAUGCAGCGUCUUUUGACCCUUGUAUCGUGCCAUUUUGUUUUGCAGCAGAACUGAAAACGACUGCUCCUUUUUAUCUCUAUCAUGUUUUUUUUGCAUGGAGCUGGAUACUGCGAUGCUAGUAUCAUGACGUUGCUUCUUUCAAGAGGAACUGACCACAUCAACAGUUGAGGUUUUCUGAUUAGAGAUGGUUACCUGCAAAUAUACUUAAGCAUUUUUGCGCAUUUUUUUGUAAACGAUGAUUUUUCCAUCAAUGGUAAAAUCAAAGACAGCAGUCUUGCAGCAUUUUCUUCGUUUCACCUUCAACUGUACAAAAUACCUACAACUAAUCACUAAUUAAAUUACAUGUCGCAGAAUUUCUGAAGCCAACAAAGAGUUAAUUCUCAAAAAAUAAGCUAACAAGCUUUAUUGCUUUCUUAUUUUUCAUCAUGAGAUAAGCAAACAUGUUAAACAUGUGCAGCUUCCUCAUUGUAUCUUAGAAAUCUAUUUGAAGUAUGCAAUGAUUAAAGAGAAUAGCUCAACUUUCCUUUUGAUGUUGACCUCAGUUGCAUAAUUGCUUUUUCGUGCUGAAGUCUGCAUUUUGUCAUGUUUUCCCCACGUUUAUGCUUUGGUUUUUUAUGUUUCAAGUUAUGUAGGGGAUAGGACUGCAUCUUUUGCGAAGUUAUUUGCUCAUCCAAGCUAUUCUUGUCAGAUCUGUGUUGAACAAGACACUAUAUUAGAAUAUCAAAGGAGCACAUUUGUUUUCUCUCCUUGCAGAUGCUCUAGUACUUAUAUUUGCUUGGGGCAGAUUCAUUGUGUUCUAUGUUCUUGAAAAAAAUAGUUUGCUAUUUUUUAUACUAUAAACUUUAGUUUCUGUAUAUUUUCAUUGUUGCAGUUACUGCCUCAGAGUUGAGAUGCAUGUAUCUUAGGAUUUGGGUUUAAAAUCAAGAGCAUAGGAUAGUUGCAAUGAGUUGCAAUGAUGAAACUGCGUGUUUCCCAGUAAGAAGUAAGCACAUCUAGAUGCUAAUUCUAAGUUUAACUUACAGCUAAUGUUCUGUGGUUUUAAUUACAACUAUUUGAAGUUGUUCAUGGUACUAGCAUGGUAACAUGGGUUAUAUAUACCGGCCCACAACGGUACAGAACCAAGGUAGUGGUCUGAGUCCGAGUUCUUUUCUCAGCAGCACACGAACAGAUCGUCCAUCAGGUGUUCAAUUCAGUGCUUUGCCGGGACUCAGAUGUCAAUGCCCAAGUAAUUGGAUUUCAUGACCAGAUUCAUCAAUCCUUUUUUUGCUUGAAACAUUUCUUGAAAAACACUAUGUUUACCUAUAAGCAAAAGUGUCUGCAAUGUAGCUUAUAUAAUGAAUCUGACAAAUUUAUCACUUAGCUAAUUAUAUUUAGUGUAACAAGUGAGCUUUGGCCUUUGAGCUUUGAUUCUUACCCUUAGUGUUCUUUGACCAAUUAAGUUCUCUAACUAUUAUUUCUUGGAAUAGCAUUUUCAUGCUUAAAAAUAUUCAAUAUCUGGACUUGUCAUGGCGAUCACUAGCGCUGACGAGAGAGUAGUGAACUAUGUAAAAGCUUCAGAUAGUGACUGAACCCAAUACAAGCAAAAUGUUUGCAAGUUUCCUAAAGCCCUAGACUGCUUUACUUUACAGGUACUUAUAGUCCUGUGGGUGUUAAUCAUCAUAGUCAAGAAAAUGACAUCAGUCGGAACGGAAUUUGGAGUUCCAGACUGCUACAUGAUAAACAUAAUUUCUUUUGUCUUAUAAGUUGAACAGCACCAACUGUCUACAUUGGAAACAGAUAAAGUAUUUUCCUGUUACAUUAUUCGUAUCGUAUUGCUUCAUCAUCUGGUGCAAGGUAUUCAGAUAUCUUUCCUUGUUUGGGUACUAGCAGAUUCUUGAGGAAGCCAAGAUACUUGCACAAUGGCCUACUUUUGCCCUUCAAAAGUUGUGAGGCUAGGGGGUGGCCUACCCUUUCGGCUACACUGUUGGGUUCUCUUUUCUUCUGAUUCCUCUUCUCCUAUUACCAGAACCGACACUGCAUUCAGCUCUGCAACCUUUGCGAUUAAAUAACUUUGUGUGAAAUGCUUUUGGAUGGAAUAUGUCUCAGCAUAUCUUAAUUGCAGUUAUUUCUGUACCCAGGUUGCAGUACUUUGCUUGCGGCUUGCAGAGGCCACCCAUAUCUCCACGGAUGGCAAUGUGGGCACUCAAGGUCUGAUCCCAAUACCACCUUCAAAGUUUAAAAUGGAAGCAAAUUUUUGUAGGAGGUCUCAGGUUAAUUUAUCACAUUAUGGUUCUAUUUGAAGAUAUAAAAGCGAAGGAAGAUUAUUCUUGAAAAGCCACGAAAUGAGGCGAACAGUUUUGGUUCAAUAUCAUAGAACAACAUGACGAUUAAGACCUUAAUCAUUAGUUUGAUCAGUACGCGUGUUUUGUCUCUGGCAUCAUUAGGAAGAUACAUGACCUGAUUUGCUGGGUCCAGUGUCGCCGAGGUGGCAAAUCUACCUGCCGGCGUGCAUGCGUGCAGCCAUCACAGACGACACAAAGACCAGUGUGAGCAUAACUUGCCAAUCCAGUCUCGAUCGAUGGAACAACCAGAAGAACAGAGCAGGGUACAGGUCCCUCCGGCAAAAUCUACAUGGGGCCGCGUGUAUGAACGUGACGUAAACCGUCAAAGGGAAGCGGGGCGGGGAAAAAGCGCGGGAAUCGAGUACCAACCUUGGGGCCCUCACUCUUUCCAACGGGAGCUGACUAGGCACGUCCCUGGUGGCCCACAAAGCAGCCAAUGGCAUCUCGCCAUCCCUGCAUGCACCUACAGGCUACAGUACGCACACCCCAUGGCUAGCUAGGCCGUAGCUAUAGCUUUGGAGAGGUUGGCCUUCAGGCCUUGGCCAGCCAAAGACAAGAGCAGAAGAUUGGGAUAUUUCUAUCUCUAAAGUAACUGACACAAGACACAAUGGAAAGCAAAAGCAAAGAAGAGAGAGACAGAGACAGAGAAGAGAGAUGGCUGCAUAGCUUCUUGUGUAAGACGAGAAGAAUCCAAGCAUUACAUGCACAUAUUGUAGUCACCCAGACUUUGCUAUAAAGCCAGACUCCCUCCCCUGCCCCUUUCCCUCCCUCUCUCUUCUUCCUCUCUCCUUGGCCAUUAGCCAUUGGCACCAAGGUUUUGUACAUUUGUAGCUGAUCAUUCAUUCACAUAGCUAGCUAUUGAAGCAAGGCUGGUGUGGCUGUCCGCAUUUUAGCUUUGGAUAGCCUUGCCUGCCUGCCUAGCUCCAACCAAUCGUUUGCCGUGAGAGUUCUGAGAGGAAGAAGAAAGCAGAUAUGGCACCCGUGAGUCUGCCGCCGGGUUUCAGGUUCCACCCCACCGAUGAGGAGCUCAUAAUCUACUACCUUAAGAGGAAGAUCAACGGGAGGCAGAUAGAGCUUGAAAUCAUCCCAGAGGUUGAUCUUUACAAGUGUGAGCCGUGGGAUCUACCAGAAAAAUCCUUCCUUCCGAGCAAAGACCUGGAAUGGUACUUCUUCAGCCCUCGGGACCGCAAGUACCCGAACGGAUCAAGGACAAACCGCGCAACCAAAGCUGGGUACUGGAAGGCAACCGGGAAGGAUCGUAAAGUAAAUUCGCAGAAGCGUGCUGUUGGUAUGAAGAAGACCCUUGUGUACUACCGUGGUCGAGCCCCUCAUGGCUCUCGCACUGACUGGGUGAUGCACGAGUACCGCCUCGAUGAGAGGGAAUGUGAGAUCGACAAUGGCUUACAGGACGCGUACGCACUGUGUCGGAUUUUCAAGAAGACUGCGCCCGGGCCAAAAAUCAUAGAGCAUUAUGGCGUGGUGCAGUACGACACCGAGCAGCCUCAGUGGGCGGCGAGCAGCGUCGAGCGCUCCCCGACGCUGGACGUGUCGUGUGAUGGAAGAGGUGGAGACGACUUCGAGAGCAGCAGCUUCUCGUUCCCGACAGAAGCGCCGAUGGCAACAGGAUCCAUGCACGGCGGUGGGUUCGGGAUGCAGAUGAUGGGGGCGCCUCACGAGGAUGGCAGGUGGAUGCAGUUCCUGAGCGAAGACGCCUUCAACGCCACCAAUCCUUACUUCAUGAACCCGGCUACCUCUAACUUCUCAUGCAUUCCAUCCAAGGUGGAUGUAGCACUGGAGUGUGCAAGGCUGCAGCACAGGCUGGCUCUGCCGCCAUUGGAGGUGGAGGAUUUCCCGCAUGAUGUCAGCCUCGAUACCAAGACCGGCAUACUCCGGAGCAACCCCAACGAGGUUGACAUCCUUCAGGAGUUCCUGUCCGUGGCUUCGGCGUCGCAGGAGCUGAUCAAUGGCUCCUGCAGCAGCAGCUAUCCUGAUAUGUGGUUAGGUGCCGGCACGAGCAGUGCUGGUGCUGGCAGCCAUUACAUGAACGAGCUGUCCUCUCUUGUUGAUCUCGGAGCGUCGAAGGCAAAGGAAGAGGCUGACAAUUUCUACCAGCUGUGCGGUAUUGGGGCGUCGAUGAGCCGUGACGAACCAGGUAGGCUGGUUGAGAUCAGUGAAAUGGAGGAGUUCAAGGAAGAGAAGAAGCAGGUGGAGAACCUCAGAGGUGUCAAGCUGGUGAACAAUGACCUUGGGGAGAUCGUUGUAGAAGGAGAUGAAAGCAAUCCAACAGAAGGCAUCACACAUUAUCCUAUAAAAGAUACCGCAGACAAUUCAGGAGAAGCCGGUCAUCACCUGACCGAUACCACUGACGCAGGCGUCAUCGACAUGGCCCCUAUCUUCUCGCAAUCUCAACCUGACGACUUCGCUACUGCUAUGGGUUUCGACAAUGAUGACGACGUCAACCCCGACGCAUCCUUUGAUCUAUACGAGAAGGUUGACGUCCAGCGCGGGCUGUUCGUUUCACGGGUCGGCGCGUCGAAGACAUUCUUCCACCGCGUCGAGCCACCCAAGAUGGUCAGCUUCCACCUGAACCCUGUGGCGAGUGAGGUCGGCAAGGCGAUCGAGAAGUUCCGUUAUCUCCCCGUCACGUCCAAAGUUAGUGGUAGUAGUAGGGUUUCCAUCUUUGGGAAGGUGAAGGCACUCAUCAGGGGCAAACUCCUGACGAGGAGAUCGUCAUCACAGUACCAGAGUUCGGAGACGACAGUGAGCGAGCUGCUGCAAAUCGUGUCGCUCCUCUUGGCACCGAAGGAAGUUACUGAGGAAGAAGAGCCGGUUGGGAAGAAGGCGAAGAAAGUGAAGCCGGGAUGGGGCUGCGAUGGGUGCAACAGUGCGUGGCAGUUUGGGCUGCCCAAAGGGAGCAAGGGCAUUUCCUCCAUGUUUUUGAGUGGGAAAUGGGCAUUUCUAACCUCUGCAUUGGCCAUCCGCGCUCCAGGGCUGUGCAAUCACUGAAAGGUCUUUCGAUUCGACUAUCUCUGAUCAUGACUGUAACAAUAUUUGUUUGUUUGUUCUGCUAUAACCUUGGUAGCGGCGCGUGCGUCUAUUAACUGCUGGUGUAUAAUUGGAGGUUGUCGUCAUUAUUUGUACGUCGGUGUAUUAACCUGUAUCAAAAACUAUUGUUACAUAUGAGUUGUAUAAGUGCAGAUAUAAAUGAAUAUAUACAUACAAAUUUUAUUCA